ACAAGGGAACAAUUUCCUUGCUGCAAAGUCUUGGUCCCUUGGAUUGGAAUUUUGAUGGAUGGAUGUUACCUUGUUCGACAGAGCUGAGCUGAGACGGCAAACUCAGUGGAUUCCAAAUCACCAUUUUCUCUGAGAAACCCAUCCGUCCUUCCUUCCGGCGUCUCAGCCACCCACCACACCCCACCAAGGUUACCUGCCUGAGAUCUCUCACCUGGGUUUGCUUUCUGUCUUAUAAUUUUUUUCAUCAAAUUAUUCAUCAGGUCGCGUCUCAAGAGUCCGGUAACUUUCCCACUCAUUGUCAAGUUGACGUAAACUACUGCAUGGCCUCUGUGGCUGAUGUGGCAUAAAUGGAAGGAGAAGUUCAUGAGCAAAUUAUCCAAGUAUAUCAAGUAUUUGCUGGGGAUUGACAACACUAUCCCAAUGGUGAACCCAAAACUUCCCCGUCGUCCAGCCAUAUCCUAUAGGCCUAUACAACCGUCUGACCUUGAGAUCUUAGAGAAAAUCCAUGACGAUUUAUUUCCCAUUAGGUAUGAGGCUGAGUUUUUCCAAAAUGUCGUCAAUGGACAUGAUAUUGUGUCAUGGGCAGCUGUUGAUCGAAGUCGUCCAAAUGGUCAAAGUGAUGAACUUAUUGGAUUUGUUACCGCACGAAUUGUUCUUGCAAGAGAAAGUGAGAUAGGGGAUUUGCUCAGUUUCGACUCAUCAAAUUCAGAUCAGACGUUAGUCUACAUUUUGACACUGGGAGUAGUAGAAUCUUUCAGAAAUCUUGGCAUAGCUUCAGCACUUAUUCGGGAGGUCAUAAAAUAUGCCUCAAGUAUUCCAACCUGCAGAGCAAUUUACUUGCAUGUCAUUUCUUACAAUAAUUCUGCAAUCCAUUUGUACAAGAAAAUGUCAUUCAUGUGUGUCAGAAGGUUGCAAGGCUUUUACUUGAUCAAUGGUCAGCAUUAUGAUUCAUAUCUGUUUGUGUACUAUGUAAAUGGUGGCCGAUCUCCUUGCUCGCCAUUGGAGCUGGUUGCAGGGACGCUGAAUUUUAUGAGGAAUGGUCUUAAGUCUGUGUUUGCAAUGCUACGGAAGAACGAAGACAGGAAGGUGUCAAAGUGGGCAAAAUGUAAAGAAAACCAUAGCCUUAUAUCAACGGGACCAAACAGGAGAAACCUGACUGCAGCAGAGUGUACAGGGUACGAGUGUGUUUGAUUUGUUUGUUCAUAUUAGAAGUUGGAUCGACAGAGAGUAGAGAGACGGAGAGAUGAGCAAUGAGCGAGCAGGAGGGGAGGUUAUGUUGAUGCAAAGUAAUAAAACGUUGCUUUGCCCCCAUGCUUUCUGUUUGAACCAUACCAAUAUACAUUUUACAUUUUAAGUUACCGCGGAAUAACGUCCCCGAUGUAAUAAACGUUGUUGGGUUGUGUUGUGUUGUAGUUGGAUGAAGUUAAUUAAAGACAAGAAGCAGGGCGUCACUUGUGAGAUCCUUA